UCGAUGUCGGAUGAAUCUGCGGUGGCGACGUUUGCCAAACAAUAACAAAGCGCGUUCACGAGUGGAUCGUUCGUUCUGCUUCUAUCAGCUGAGUGCGGCGGGACUGAACUUGACAUUGACGCGGUAGUGUGUUGUUGCGUCGUAAAUUUUCACUUUUGCAUAUAUUUUUUUAACUGCUGACGAAGAGAUAAAGAAAGCAUUUUUGCAUCAACGCCGGAGAAGUGCAAGUUUAUGCUUUCUCGGUGGAAAGGAAGUGCGCCUGAAAACUGAGUAAUAAAAUCACGAUUCGCGGAAAGUGAACCAGGGCUCACGCCUAAAGUACGUGACAAAGAAAUGUCGCUUGGCAUCGACGAUCUACCGUUUGAGAUACUUUGCGAUGUGUUUGACUAUCUUCCGCUGGAGGACAUUAAAACAGCGGCUCUCGUAUGUCACCGCUGGAAUCAGAUAGUUUUCUCAGAGCUAUACAUCAAACGAUUCCGAUUGGUGAUUAACCUGAACGAAUCGUUGAUCAAGUUAAGACAAAUGGCCCAGAUUUUGGAGAAAUCUGAUCGAGAGUACUACAGCAUUAUCUUGAAGGUGAACUUGGGCAGUCCGCUGACCGAAGCCCGGUUAAAGAUUGUGAAGUUCGUUGUACGAAUAAUAUCCGAGUAUGCGGAGUCACUCUAUUUCAAUAUGGCGGAUUUACGGUUGGAGUCGUGCGUUUCCGAAAGGCUGCUGCGCAGCCGAAAACUCCAACUAUUCGACACACGUGCCAAAUACAUCCCUCUGGGAAUGGGUCUGAAGGAAUCGAUGCUUGCUGCGAUCUGUGAGUAUGCAACCGAUCUUGUCGAUCUGGUGAUCGCCGAAAUGAACAUCAACAAUCCAAAGGCACUGGAAAAGAUGUCUCUGUUGGCUCAGCUAAAGCUACUUCUAAUAAGUGAUUACUAUCCAUACGUUCGACCUGCCAGUCCCCCGAUCAGUCUUCCGAAUCUGGAAAACCUUUCACUUAUCAACGUGACAGAUGAAUCGAACUUCUACUUUAAGGCGGACAGUCUGAAACGUUACUUUAUCCACACUAACGGAACGGAUGCACCGCGGACAAUGCAAUCGAUAGCCGAAAACAUCAACGGAAUCAGUAGGCUUUGUGUUCACUUUACCGCUCGGACUAUCCGGGCGGAGCAAAUUUUCGAAUAUCUCGAUCGCUUUCCUAACCUGAACACGUUCGAGCUGGGAGGAGUGGCAAUUCCGGCUGAAGUACUUAAGGAUCUCAAUCCCCGCAAUCGAGUGCAGAAGUUGAUCUUCGUCGAGUGUCAUCUGGAAACUAUCGCAUUACACGAUCUCACAUCCAAAUUAAGGUUCCUGAGACAGUUGGUAUUUGAUUCGUGUUUUCUGUUCCACAAACAGGAAGGUUUUCAGCGGAUUCAAUACGACGAUCUAGAACCGGUGAGACGAGCGUUACCUAACCUGCAGGUGCUGUUGGAUUACAACUGAAAACAAGCUUCCCUGGUUAUGAAACGCUAACGAUUGAUCGAGUAGCGUAUGUAAAUUAGUAUAAAUUUAUAUUGUUAACUUGUUUGUUUGCUCUUGCUUAAAAGAGUGUUCUAUUGUUAACUAUGAAGGUAGACUUAGCAACAAUCGUUAGGUAUUAAGUAGUGAAUAAAGGAUACAUCGCACCCCGAACUCCCCUGUUGUUCACACGUGCGCUAAUAAUAA